GCUCGUGCCGUGUUUUGCAAAAAUACGCGAUCUAAAUAAUUUUCGCGAUUUUCCGUCUUUUGAAAGAAAAAGGAAAAUUUUCUCCUUUUCAAAAUUCAAUAGUAACGAUGUAGAAAUUCAGAGGCCUAAAAUUUGUUGACGUUGAAUUGACAGUAAACCGUAAGAAAAGUGUUAUUUAGAACUUUCAAAUUAAACUUUAAAAUAGUACCAAGUGAUUUUAGAAGAAAUUUCUAUCAAUAAAAAACCGCAAAUAAAUUGUGAUAUAUUUUUAUUCAAAUAUGGAGCGCAGCAAGUUAUUAAUAUAGCAAAUUCUGCAAUAAUAUUCUUAAGUUAGAAGUACACCAGCGGGCACCAAACAUGCAGGCGAUGAGUGCGAACGCGAGCGCGCCAAGAGCGCCGCAACGGUCUCCCUUCGCGAUACAAGAACUGCUGGGUCUGUCCGAUAACCGGGAUAGUAGAGACCGGUACUUUGAAAAUCGAGACGGAGACCGCUGUUUCGACGGAGUUUUGAAUUUAUCAGAGAGUAGAGACCACAGAACGUACACGCCACAGUUCCAACUGCCCGCAUCCGUGGCCAGCCGCGUGGCGUACGCUGCGGCUUUCAAUGCGCAAGCCGCCGUCGCCGCGGCGUUCCUCCCGGGCCCUCCGCUCUUACAUCCACCACCUGGUUUCCCCCAGAUCAAGUCACCCUACAGCCAGAGUUCGCAACCGCACCUUACCGCUGUUCGACAAUUUUAUUCAGGUGUAUCAUCAUUAGAAGUAGCGAAAGACUUCACGGUCGACGGGCUCACCGGCUACAAUGGCAAGAAAAAGAAGAAAAAACGUAGACAUAGCCGGACGAUCUUCACGUCGUACCAGCUGGACGAGCUGGAGAAGGCGUUCAAGGACGCGCACUACCCCGACGUGUACGCUCGUGAAAUGCUCUCGCUGAAAACCGAUCUGCCCGAGGACAGGAUACAGGUGUGGUUUCAAAACCGACGAGCGAAAUGGCGCAAAACGGAGAAGUGCUGGGGCAGGUCCACCAUCAUGGCGGAGUACGGGCUGUACGGCGCCAUGGUGCGCCACUCGCUGCCGCUCCCGGAGACCAUCCUCAAGAGUGCCAAGGAGAACGACAACGUGGCGCCGUGGCUGCUCGGCAUGCACCGCAAGUCGAUAGAGGCGGCGCAGCACCUCAAGGAGUCGGGGUCGGAGCGAGAGGGCUCCGAGGCAGAGGGCGAGCGCGCGCCCUCCGCCUCGCCGCACCGCCACGAGGCGCACGACAACCAGGCGCAGAGUUCCCCCGGCAGCAGCACCACGGCGUCGUCGUCGGCCAAGGGGCGCGCGUCGCCCGAGGCGCGCGAGCUGGCGCCGUACGAGGACCCCGAGGCCUUCCGCAACAACAGCAUCGCGUGCCUGCGCGCCAAGGCGCAGGAGCACCAGGCGCGCCUGCUGUCCAACAACCUGCUGCUACAGGUGCGAGGUCUGCAGCGGGCGAGCGGUGCCGGCAGCGUGGUGGACGACGACGGCCCCGCGGACAUCGACGUGGGCACCGAGCCGCCGCCGCUCGACGCCGCGCGCCUCUACUGACCCCCAGCGCAGGGGCUCUACGCCCACCCCAACCACGACCUCCAUCACGGGGAAGCAUCGCCACACGUCACGCCAUGUGCAAACCAGCAGCCUUACAGUGGCUCUCAUGUGGUCACCACCAAGUAAAGCUAUUAC